AAUCAUUAAAAUCUGAGAAAACUCAAAAUUGUCCAGCUGUGUUGCAGCCUUGCAGGAAUGCAGGGCGCAGGCUGACUGUUGUAUGCUUGUCUGUACUGAACUACUGACGGUCAAGUCGGUAUAUUGAUUAUAAAUUCUGUAUUUGCCUUUGCGUCGUUCAGAGGGUUUCAUUUUCAAUGAUAUAAAAAAUUUUCUCGAAUUGGUUCGGUGAAAUGAUUUUUUUCAGUGAAGAUUUUCCUGAAUAGGAAAUUAAUUGAACGAGAACAUAAACAACUCAACAAUUUUGCUUAAUGAAAGACUGUAAGUCAUAUUCAGUAGCACCACCACUGGCAGAUAUUGCAUUAAGAAACAUUUGGAAUUUGGACAUGGCAUUAGACGUAAAUACACGAACUGAAACAGUUGAAUUAUUAAGUCGUGAAGCUGACUGCCUAAAACACAAGCUUGAAGAAGAAAGAAAAAAACUUAAUGAUGUGACAUUGGCAAAUGUUGCGGAACGAUUAGAGGAAGUCACAUUUCUAAAUAUAAAACCUAGACGUUUGUUAAAAGGAAACCAAGCUAAAAUACUAUGUUGUGAUUGGUCUCCGGAUAAACGUCAUAUUGUUUCAUCUUCACAGGAUGGUAAAUUACUAAUUUGGGAUGCAUUUACAUCUACAAAAGAACAAACUGUUACAAUGCCAACAACUUGGGUGAUGGCAUGUGCCUAUUCGCCAUCAGGCAACUUGGUUGCAUGCGGUGGUUUGGAUAACAAAGUAACAGUGUUCAAUAUAUCUAAUCCUGAAGAAGAUCCAUCUGCUAAAAAGAAAACUGUUGGUACACAUACAAAUUUCAUGUCUUGUUGCUUAUUUCCAAAUUCAGAUCAACAGAUUUUGACUGGUAGCGGAGAUGCUACUGCUGCACUUUGGGAUGUUGAAUCAGGUCAAAUGUUACAAUCUUUCCAUGGUCAUACAGGUGACAUAAUGUCCAUUGAUUUAUCACCAUCAGAAAUUGGCAACACUUUUAUAUCAGGUAGUUGUGACAAAAUGUUACUUUUGUGGGAUAUGAGAACUGGUCAAAGUGUUCAAUCAUUUGAAGGUCAUCUUUCUGACAUAAAUAGUGUCAAAUACCAUCCAAGUGGAGAUGCUGUAGCGUCUGGAUCAGACGAUUCUACAUGUCGAAUGUAUGACUUAAGAGCAGACAAAGAAGUUGCCGUCUAUUCAAAAGAAAGUAUUUUGUUUGGAGUUAAUUCUAUAGACUUUUCAGUCAGUGGGAGAAUAUUAUUUGGAGGCUAUACAGAUUAUACCAUAAAUGCUUGGGAUAGCUUAAAAUGUGAAAGAGUGAGUUUAUUGUAUGGACAUGAAAAUAGAGUUACAAGUAUAAAACUUUCACCUGAUGGAACGGCAUUAGCUUCUGCCAGUUGGGAUGCUUCUUUACGUGUAUGGGCAUAAGUUAAGAAAAUUCAAAAUUUUCGAAUGUAGAUCUAGUCAGUAAUAUGUUCUGUACAACUAUAUGAGUUAAUGAUCACAAAUAAAUAAUUAUUUAAUC